CCCCUCGUUCUGUCUCCGAAUCUCCUCAACCCAUAGAGAGAGAGAGAGAUUGCUGUUGGGUUCGUGUGGAGCCGCCGGGAGCAGGCGUGGCCGGCCUGCAUCGUCGAGAAGUUUGGAGGGUCAUAGGCAUCAAGAACCUAGUACCAUUAACAAAGGCUUGUUGAAGAAUGGAAGAUGGAUUAUCAAGUUUCUGGGGUCCUGUUACAUCCAUUGACUGGUGUGAGAAAAAUUAUGUCCACUCUUCAUAUUUAGCGGAAUUAUUCAACACGGUAUCAAACAUACCUGGCAUACUUUUGGCACUUAUUGGCCUGGUAAAUUCUUUGAGCCGACAUUUUGAGAAGAGAUUCAGUGUCCUCCACAUAUCAAAUAUAAUACUCGCCAUUGGUAGCAUGCUUUACCAUGCCACACUACAACAAGUCUGCAUACAAACUGAUGGAAGUGAUCCAGCAAAAGCUGUCCAUAGCUCACGAUCCUUCCAACAGUGGGGUGAACUGCAGCCUUCUCAUCAAAGCUCAUUGAGGGUCGCAACAUACAAUAGACACAAGCAAGAGAAGCUGUCACACCUCGCCAUGGUCCUCAUUGCUGCGUUGAAGCACAUGGAGGGCCUUGAUGAGACCAGACGUAUUUGCGCAGUCUGUUGUUUAUGGAACUUUCAACUCUCCUUACAUCUUGGAAAAAAUGAGAACUUACUUCGGUCGGAUAUAUAUAUAUAUUCUUUCUUUGUUGUUCACCGAGUGAGGAAACAUUCGUCCAAAAUAGAUAAAGAAAAUUGCAUUGUUUGCGCUGAUAAUGAGAAACUGGCAAAAAGUACACAUCAAGGAGAUGAAACACCUAUGGUAUGGGAGAUUCUUCUCUACAUCUAUAUUCUGCAUUCACCAGAUUGGCACUACCGGAGUACAAUGCCAACCUUUCUGUUUCUUUAUGGUGCCGCAUUUGCCAUCCUCCAUUCACUAGUACGCUUUGGAAUUGGCUUUAAAAUACAUUAUGCAAUACUCUGCCUCCUUUGUAUCCCUAGGAUGUACAAGUACUACAUCCACACAGAAGAUGUCACCGCAAAGCGUCUUUUGAAGUUAUAUGUUGCAACCGUAUCUCUUGGCAGUCUAUGUUGGCUUUUUGAUCGUCUGUUAUGCAAGAAAAUCUCUCAGUGGUAUAUUAAUCCCCAAGGUCAUGCUUUGUGGCACAUGUUAAUGGGGUUCAGUUCCUAUUAUGCAAACGCUUUCCUGAUGUUCUGUCGGGCCAAGCAACUGGGAUGGAAUCCAAAAGUUGUUUGCUUUUUGGGAGUUCUCCCAUAUGUAAAGAUUCAAAAGCCAAAGACGCAGUGAAAGAUAAAUAAGUUAUGGUCUCAAAGCCGGAGGUCGCCUGGUAGUAUAUGGUUUGGCAGUACUGACAACAAAAUCAUCAUUCUUUACUCCCUUCUAGUCUUCUGUAGAGGGCAACUGGAUGGUCAUGCAAUAGUUUGGGAUAUUUAUUAAUUUGAUUUGCGAACUAGAUUUUUUGUCCGGUUCUAGGUGAAUUAUGUACGUUUUGAAAUCAGUCAUUUUGACUUUGUGGUAAGUGGUAUCACCUACAUGAUUUUAGAUCAAUUUGCAAUUGCUGAUGCUGCUAUUUCCACUUCAGUAGUUGCAACUUGCAAUCUUGUUGUC